AGAGAGAGAAACAAAGAAGAAAAACAGUGGGGGCAUUGCUUUUCUAAAACCUGUGGUCUGUGGACUAUCUCCACUCAAAAACCAAAACCAAUUAUCCAAAAACAAUGGGCAGUUUUCCGGUUGCUAUCUUUUCAACAAUUUUAAAAACACCACAAAACAAGGUAAGACAAAAAAAACCCACAAAACCACAAACUUUAAAAACAGGCAACACCGCUCUCUGAUUUUCUUCUUCUUCUCUUCUCUUCUCUUCUCUUAUCUAUAUUUCAUAAUCCCUACCACUCUCUGAAGUCUGACCAUUAAUACAAUACAACCAUUCCAUCUUUUUCAACCCCUUCUAAUUAAAAUCUCUCCUCGAUUAUUACAACUUACAAUCCUCAAAAAAAUACCAGCUGAUUUGAUUUUCUCUCUAGUUUCACUAAAAAGUCUACAUUUUCAUUAUUUUAUUUCAUUCUUCUGUGGUUUUAGUUACAUAAUUGCAUACAUUUUGACCUAAAAGCUAAAACUUCUUGUUUUCCACCUUAACAGAAAAAGAAAAAACUUAAACUUUAUCAUCCUGUAAUAUCUUGUACUAUUACUACAAAUAAUGGAAGGAAGUGGGUUUUCAGGAAGAAUGUAUUCAAAUACUGGGGUUGGCAUGCUUGGCUUAGAAAUUCCCUUAAACCAACAACAACAACAACAACAACAACAACAACAAUCUCAACAACAACAACAACAACAACAACAACAAUCUCAACAACAGCAACAACACCUCCAAAAACACCCACAUAUGGUGGCUUUCACCAACAACCAUCACAAACAACACCAGCAACAUGAGCAACAAACCCAACUCUCAAUGAAGCAACCCUCAAACUACUUAUCAUCAUACAAUAACCCAAAUUCAAACCCGAACACAAACCCGACCCAAAACCAAAACCCAGGUCUUAAAAUCAAAACCCAAAUGACCCAUUUAACAAAUAGUGAUGAAGAUGAACCUGGUUGUGCAAAUGAUCAUGAAAACAGCUCAGUUGAUGAUAAAAGAAAAGGUGGGACUAAUGUGUCACCUUGGCAUAGAAUGAAGUGGACUGAUAAUAUGGUAAGAUUGUUGAUCAUGGCAGUUUAUUAUAUAGGAGAUGAAGGUGGAGUUGAGAUUGGAUCCGAGAAGAAGAAACCGGGUUCGGGCGGCGGUGGAGGUGGAGGAGGUGGUGGUUUAUUGCAGAAGAAGGGGAAAUGGAAAUCAGUUUCUAGAGCAAUGAUGGAGAAAGGUUUUUAUGUAUCUCCACAACAAUGUGAGGAUAAAUUCAAUGAUUUGAAUAAAAGAUAUAAAAGAGUGAAUGAUAUUUUGGGUAAAGGAACUGCUUGUAGAGUGGUGGAGAAUCAAACUUUGCUUGAUUCUAUGGAUGUUACUCCUAAAUUGAAGGAAGAAGUCAGGAAAUUGCUUAAUUCUAAGCAUUUGUUCUUCAGGGAAAUGUGUGCUUAUCAUAAUAGUUGUGGCCAUGGAGCUGGUGGCCAUGGUAGUGACCCGGGUGCGGCUGCAGCUGCAGCUGCUGUUACAGUGGCGGAGCAGCCGCAGCUGCAGCAUAUCCAACAAAAUAAUACCCUCCACCACCACCAGAUGCCGAUGCCGAAGCAGCAGCAGCAAUCAUGCUCACAUUCAGCAACAAUGUCACGAUCUUCAAUGGACCCUAAUAGUUCACAUAAACUAGGAUUAGGAUUAGAGGAUCACGACGAAGACGACGACGAUGACGAUGAAGAUGAUGAAGAUGAGUACUAUGAAGAGGAUGAGGAGCAAGAUGAAGGAGGACAGAGGAAGAAAGCAAAAACUGUUGUGGGUGAUUCAUCCAACAACAACAACAACUCACAUGCAUUGCAAAAAUUAAAUGGGGAAAUAAUGGGUAUGUUGCAAGAUGGGAGUAAAAGUUCAAGAGAAAAGAAACAAUGGAUGAUGACACAGUUAGUUCAAUUGGAAGAACAGGGUUUGAAGUUUCAAUUUCAAGCAUUAGAGUUGGAAAAACAGAGGUGGAGAUGGAUUAAAUUUAGCAGUAAAAAAGAGAGAGAAAUGGAGAAGAUGAAAAUUGAUAAUGAGAGAAAAAGACUUGAAACUGAAAGAAUGAUGCUUUUGUUAAGACAGAAAGAGAUGGAAGUGCUUGUUGAACCAUCAAACCCAUCUUGUGUUAGUUCUUAGAUAGUUUAAAGGUCAACCUUUUGUUAAGAAACUUGUUUUUAGUUGGUUACAUUAUUAGGGUUUUCGUCUUUUAGUGCCAAGAAUUUUUAGAUUUUUCAUGUGUAGAUAUUUAUUAGAUGAAGUAUGUACUAAUUUUAUCACAUUAUAGUUAUAGUAAUGAAAUUUCCAAUGGAAACCUUGUUGAAAA